AUGGCUGGUAUGACUGACUCCCAGGUUAUAAAGUAUGCUACAGAAAUGAGGGAACUACUCAUCUCACACGAGAAGGCCAACUCUCAGAUAGCUGCUCUAGAGUCCUACAUCCAGCACCAGAGUCAACAGACCCUCCAAUCUACACUACAAGACUCCAAGUCCAGAACCAUUCACCACCUCACCAAGAAGUCUGUGGCCAACGGCAUCAAGAGGGUCUACCAACAAGUCUCCACCAACAAGUGGAAGAAGGUCACAGAGUUAUCUGCCCAUGUCAUCCAACAGCUAGAUCAGCAGCCAGAACUUCCCCCCUCCACCACUAGUGCAGGAAGGUCAACUGAGAUGGAUGAGAUGGCCCCCCUCACCACCCAGAGUUUCUGUGAGCUGUACAGGAGUGCUUGAUCAUCUAGUGUUUUGUGAUGCCUGAUCAUCUAGUGUUUUGUGAUGCCUGAUCAUCUAGUGUUUUGUGAAGCCUGAUUAUCUAGUGUUUU